AUGGUCUCUCCCACCCAGGUUCGAAAGCGUCAGAGAUUGGUGGCCGCUAGGUUUGUUUGGCAUGGCCUCAAGAAGGACGUUAGGGACUGGGCUAACACCUGUCUGGAGUGCCAGCGGGCCAAAGUGCACCGCCACACUAAAGCCCCGUUGGAGUUGUUCCCAGUGCCGGAGAGACGUUUUGACCAUGUCAACGUGGAUCUGGUCGGCCCUCUGCCCUCCUCUCACGGUUUCACCUACCUGUUGACCAUGGUUGACAGGACCACCCGUUGGCCUGAGGCUGUGCCACUGACGUCGCUAGCAUCUGUCGAAAUGACACGGGCAUUUAUCAGCACCUGGGUUGCCCGUUUCGGCACUCCUUCCGACAUAUCCUCCGACCGGGGCGCGCAGUUUACGUCUGAGCUGUGGAGCGCUGUCGCACAGAGCCUCGGGGUGAAACUCCACCACACUACCGCAUAUCACCCACAGGCUAACGGACUCUUCGUGCCAGCCUCAAAGACAGACUGGGUCGACAAGCUCCCGUGGGUACUGCUUGGCAUCAGGACUGCACCAAAGGAAGACCUACAGUCCUCCGCAGAGCUUGUUUAUGGCCAGCCGCUGCGGGUUCCAGGGGAUUUCAUCCCUGGCACCACCGUUCCUUGGUCUGCCACCCUCCAGCGGUCCACGCUACUGGACAAUGCGAGGCUUUUCGCACCUGUCCCCACUUCCCGUCACGGCCUCCCUCAGUCGCACAUCCCCGCUGGGCUUCGCACGGCUGCCUACGUUUUCAUUCGCCACAACGCCCACAGGGGACCGCUACGCCCGCCCUACGAGGGCCCGUUCCGGGUGUUGGAGACGGGGGACAAACAUUUUGUGGUGGACAUGGGCGGCAGGCCGGAGCGACUCUCCAUUGACCGCCUCAAGCCAGCUCACUUGGACCUGGCCAGACCCAUUGACUUGGCUCAGCCCCCGCGGCGCGGGCGACCUCCAGCUCUGCCCCUGCCGGGCCUGCCCCCUGCUCCCCUCCCUACCGGAACUCCCACACUCCAUGCCCCAUACCCGUGUCAUGGCGGGACGCCUGCCGCAACCGUGGCUCCUCGACCCCCCGUACGACGCAGCCGUUGUGGCCGGUUAAUACGCCCGCCCCGGCGAUGA